CUGGCCGUUGGUAGACUGGGGGAUCCCUGAUGGAAGCUGGUUUGUGAGAGGGGUGGUUGCAUUGAUUUGGAAGUGGGAAACUCAUUCAAAAUGAGGACGUGUUUGUUAUUGACUGCCGUUGGAGUGUACCUGAGUGUGUUAAGCGUAUCAGGGGUGCCACUGAAACUUUUCUACCCGUUCGGGUCGGAAACCCGAGAUUAUGUCCUGCAAACUGGUGACGAUGUUAGUUCCAGCGAAUACCCUCUCAAUACAACCAUUGCGUAUUUGAACAAGAAUUACAGAAGCGUAUAUAUAAAUAGCAACGGUCAUUUAUCAUUCGACUCGGAGCUGCCAGUCUACCGACCUUCGCUAAUACUUCCUAUAGGAUUUGAUAUAAUUGCUGCCUUCUUCGCCGAUGUCGACACCACAGCAGCAGGGGAUAUAUUUUUUAGAGAAACAAACGACCCAGGGUUACUACAGCGGGCAAGCACCGACGUACAAGCUCACUUCCGGGGUCACAGCCUGUUUGAAGCAACGUCUUUGUUCAUAACAACGUGGGAUAACGUCGGCUACUACAACAGCAAGUCCGACAAGGUGAACACGUUCCAGAUUGUCUUAGCGUCAAACGGAUAUGACUCGUUCGCGUUUUUCUACUAUCUGGACAAUGGAAUGGGGUGGAUUAUGGGAGAUGGGAAAGAGAGCCCAAACCUUGUCGACGUCCCUGCGCAAGCUGGGUUCGAUUCUACAGAUGGAAGAAACGUGAAACUGCCUAACUCUGGUACAACGUCAUCCUUUGUCAACCACACCAACGUCAACAUCCCCGGUGCGUGGAUGUUCCAUAUCGGUAACCGGGAGGCGGAGAACAUCCAGCCCGCGGACCUCAACACAGGAGAAGUGUUCGUGUUCCCAGUGGAGCCCGGCAAGGGAAGCUGCCUGGAGGGGACCAGGACGUGUCAUAUAAACGCCCGCUGUGUGGACUUUUCAGACGGUUUCUGCUGCGAGUGCCUGCCGCCGUACUACGGAAACGGAAAAACCUGCCUGGAACCAGGUGUUCCACAACGUCUUAAUGGAAAGGUUCACGGUGUACUGAACGGCGUGACCUUGCUUGAUCUUGACAUGCACACUUACGUAGUGACAGCAGACGGUCGCGCCUAUUCCGCCAUCAGCCGAGUUCCCACGGAGCUUGCUACCGCCAUGCAGACUCUCAGUGCCAUUGGAGGCAUCAUCGGUUGGAUGUUCGCGGUGCCAACAAACACCAAGGCCAAAAAUGGAUAUGUGUUCACAGGCGGAGAGUUCAACAGGACUGCGAUAGUGACGUUCUUGUUUGGAAACAAAACGUACGUGCUCAAUGUCCAGCAAAACUUCUACGGCCACGACGCGCUCAACAACCUGCGCAUGGAGACCACCCUGAAUGGCGAGAUCCCGCCAAUAGAGCUGGGUGCCAAGGUCGUCGUGGAUGACCAUAAGGAGAACUUUAAGAAGCUCCGACCAGGCCUGAUCAAGGCGAAGUCGAGUCGCACUUACAGGAUCAACGAUGUCGCCUACCGCUACACCUGGGACCAGACCAUCAUGUUUUCCGAGUGCAUGGCGGAUCCGGAUGUGCAGGCACUCGGUACGGUCCGUCUCUCUGUGGGCAGGAACUUCGUCGUCUUUGACAGACCCAACCAGGUGGUGAGAUUCGCCCAGUCCAACAAGGUUGGAAUGCUGACAGGUUCGGACCCGUGCCGUGAUGCCGCCCAGAACUGCGCCGCUGAUGCCGACUGCAUCCCCGAGGGCGAAACCUACAGGUGUGUCUGCAGACAAGGCUUUGUUGGAGAUGGCGGAACCUGCGAUGAUAUCGACGAGUGUACAAUUGGAAGUCACAUGUGUGACGUCAACGCCCGUUGUUUCAACGUCAGGGGAACUUACCAGUGUCAGUGCCAGGCCGGCUUCAGGGGCGACGGUGAAGUGUGUCAACGUGAGGUACAGCUCUGCGGGGAGAUUCUCUGUGGGGAACAUGGCCGCUGCGUCUUCGACAGCGUCCAACAACAACCUGUAUGCGAAUGCAACACCGGCUUCGCAGGAAACGGGGUGGACUGUGAGCCAAUUGAGUUCAGCUGCAACGAGGUGGAUAACUGCAGCCCCAACGCACAGUGCAUUUACGACGGGGAAGAGGGCCGCUACGUAUGCGAGUGCGAGGAUGGCUUCAGCGGCGACGGUUUGUCCUGCGAGACUACGGAUGACCGGAGUGUGUGUCUGAGAUGUGAUUCUAACGCCGCCUGCGUCAUGGACGUCGAUCGCUUCACGUACAGGUGUCAGUGCAACGCUGGUUACAGCGGUGACGGGUUCAGGUGCUCUACCAUAGACCCAUGCGUGGAAUGCAGUGUCAACGCCCAGUGUGACUUUGACCAGUCAACCCAGGCCUACCAAUGUCGAUGUCGUUCUGGUUUCUAUGGAGAUGGACGUCGUUGCGAGGCUUACGACUGCAAAACGCACGCCGUUUGUGACCAGAACGCCGAAUGUGUCACAGACCCCGACUACGGCAACAACUACUGCAGGUGUAGCAGUGGUUACCGAGGAGACGGCCGUCGCUGUUUGUUGGAGGGAUGUGGUGAUGACGACGACUGUGACAGCAAUGCACGGUGCGGGCCUGAUCCCCGGGAUACAAGUCGCAACAUCUGCCGGUGCGUCUCUGGCUUCGAGGGCGACGGCAAGGUCUGCAUACAACGAGUCAACAACUGUAACGAAGUCAACAACUGCGCAAGGGAAGCAGAAUGCAUCUAUGACCCGGAUAGGCGGUCUUACAGUUGUCAGUGUCGGGCAGACUACAUUGGAGACGGGCGCACCUGCGAACGCCGAGAUGACAUCCCCAACUGUUACCGUGACCCCCGCCUGUGUGACCCUAACGCCUCCUGUGUCCAGAACGUCGACCACUACGUCUGUGUGUGUAACCAGAACUUCGUCGGGGACGGCAGUUCCUGCAGAGCGUUUGACGGCAGCGGCAGCUUCCUCAUCUACGCCCAAGGGUACAGCAUCUCCCGCGUUCCUUAUCAGGGCACCGGCAGGGGACAGAUGCUCAUCUACGUACCAGGUCAGCUGGCAGUAGGUCUGGACACUGACUGUCUUGAGGCGCUGCUAUACUGGACAGACGUGGCCGGCGGUCAGAUCAGAAGGGCCCGGUAUGAUGGCACAGACAUACAGACAGUGCUGACAGGCCUUGUGUCUCCCGAGGGCAUCGCCAUUGACUACAUCUCCAGGAACCUCUACUACACCGACUCAGAACUCGACGUCGUUGGUGUUGCAAAGCUAGAUGGUACCGAUCAGAAGACACUCUUCAGCUCCGACAUCACCAACCCAAGAUCCAUCGUCCUGGACCCACGUAGAGGGGUGUUCUACUGGACUGACUGGAACAGGGACAAACCUCAGAUCGAGAAGGCCAACAUGGACGGCACGAGCAGGAUGGUACUGGUGACCUCCGACCUGGGCCUGCCGAACGGUCUAACCCUGGAUGACCGGACCCAGCAGCUUUGUUGGGGAGACGCCGGUACCCAUCGCAUUGAAUGUAUCCGAACCGAUGGUUUGGGGCGCCGCAUCCUCUACGACAAGGCCACCUACCCCUUCGACGUCGCCUUCUUCAACAACGUCCUGUACUGGACCGAUUGGGAAACUAAGGGAAUUCCCAACGUCGACCGUGAUGGAGGCGCUGAUGGCAACGACCCGAUCAACCUCGCCAUCGGUGGCAAUGGCCGCUUGUACGGCGUGACAGCGGUCAGAGACCAAUGUCCACGAGUGAGCAAUGGCUGCGCAGUUAACAACGGCGGAUGUCGUUACCUCUGUCUCCCAUCACCAAGCGGAGGGCGAACCUGCGCAUGCCCAGACGAUAUUGACCCAAGAAGGUGCAACGAAGUGGCCUUGAAAAAGCGGAAGUGAAAUGUCAGCAGCAAUGAAUGAACAAAAUCUUGGGAAUGAGUGUCGCUUAUGUGAUCUGAGCGGUCGGAAAAACCAUGGUGCUAUUGGGGAUGCUCGAUAAUACUCUCAGUGUUCUAAUGUGCCAAAGUACUCGUGUAUAUAGGGUAUAUAUUGACUGUAUCGAGUCGACUGCUAUGUAUAACCACAACCCAUGCUUAAUAACUCCUUGCAUCUAUCCCGCAGACCCUUUAAUGGCUUUAACAACGCCUACGUUCUUCCCUGUAAGUCCACUAUGUUAGAAUAUAGACUUCAGGAAAUAUGCCCCUUGAUCAUUACACCACAUUAUGGAUCUUUUCAUUGAAUUGCUCAAACAAUAUACUGUUAUAAUGGCGUGGAUACUAUUUGUGGAGUCAGCACUUUCAGACCAGGUACAACUUUUCUGUUCACGUCUCUUAAGCCGGGACAAGAGACAUGAGAUGCUCAAUAGUCAAUAUGCUUCAUAGGAAAUGCGAGUCAUCGUUUUAUGUGUAUCAUAUGUGUAUUAUCUGUUGUUUAGUACUAGAUGUAUUUAACAUAGUGUACCAUAGUCGGACUGUAGCAGUGUCAUGUCGUGUGAGGCCACGGUGAAGAUAGGGUUGUUUUAAGAAUCGGAAGUUCGGAUUUGAAGAAAUACGUCUUUUAUGCGUUUUGUACAAACGCCUCUCUUGUUUUUAUGUAUAGCGAGGGCUGUUUGAUGAUAUAAGAAAAUCAUUUUAAUUGUUCCAAUCAGAACUUUAGAUGCCAGUGUUUUUAACGAUUCACUAGGUAAGGCCAAAAUAAGAGAUGGUAUGUCUGACACUUUUUGUAAGGAACUAUUGCCGGCUACUUUUUACACAAAUAUGUUGGACGAGAACAAGCUGGAUAAAUAUCCCAUAAAACUACCAACGGAAUCCUAGAUCUGUACCAGUAGGUGUAUCCAACUGACUAAACUAUAAGCUAUGACCAGCGAUUGCUACACGAAUUUUAUCUGUUCUAAAACAAUAGUAAUGAUGUUGUUUAUUCACUUCGGGUUUGUGUAUCUAAGCUUGUCAGGGGAGCACUGUAAUUAAAGCACUUCCUUUAUUUUGUGUUCUUAAAAAAGGUAGAGCCAAAUAGGUUAUACAGUAGACCAACUCCAAUGUACCUAUUUCCAUCUCAGUAAGAUGGCCCCUGUAAGAACAGAUUGCC